AAACAUCCUGCCGAUUUUAAAAGGACAGCGGUGAGCGGGAGGAAGGCGACUGGCGCCAUCUUGGCUGUUUUAAUGAGUACAACAGGGGGGAAUUCGCUGGGAGAAAUAACCUAAUCUUUGGGAUUUCACUCUAAGUGGGGUACUGUCGGUAAACCACACCACAGUGUGAGCGUGUGAAACAGGGGAGCCAGGGCAAUGUUCUACGCCCACUUUGUCCUCAGCAAACGUGGGCCGCUGGCCAAGAUCUGGCUGGCGGCCCAUUGGGACAAGAAGCUGACCAAGGCCCAUGUGUUUGAAUGCAACCUAGAGAGCAGUGUGGAGAGCAUCAUUUCACCCAAGGUGAAGAUGGCAUUGCGUACGUCAGGCCACUUGCUCCUUGGGGUGGUGAGAAUCUACCACAGGAAGGCUAAGUAUCUGCUUGCUGACUGUAAUGAAGCCUUCAUCAAGAUCAAGAUGGCUUUUCGGCCAGGUGUGGUGGAUCUACCUGAGGAAAACAGAGAGGCUGCAUACAAUGCCAUCACCUUACCUGAGGAGUUCCAUGACUUUGACCAGCCACUUCCAGAUCUGGAUGAUAUCGACGUGGCCCAGCAGUUCACCCUGAACCAGAGUAGAGUGGAAGAGAUCACCAUGAGGGAGGAUGUUGGCAACCUUAGCCUCCUGCAAGACAAUGACUUUGCUGACUUUGGUAUGGAUGAUCGAGAGAUGAUGCGUGAUGCCUCCACAUUUGAGGAGGAUCUCAUGCAUGGUGCCACGGCCUCUAACCUUUUGCUUGAGGCUGAGCCAGGUCCAGCCAAUCUCCCGGACAAAUCCAACCACAUGGAGUAUGAUGACUUUGGGGAUGGCUCUAUGGGCAACAGCGAUGGUGGAAUGUUGGUUGACAAGCUGCUUAGCUCUGAAGAUGGAGGGGGCAUCUUUGAUGAUCCUCCGGCCAUCACAGAAAGUGUAAUGAUGCCUCCAGAUCAUGGAGAUGAUGAGGAUGACUUUGAUAACCUCCAGUCACCGGGUCCAGACAGCCCAGAUUCUGGCCCAGCAGAGCCACUGCCAGCAAUGGCUGACCAGACAGAACAGACCACUCUGGUUCACAAUGAGGAGGAGGCCUUUGCCCUGGAGCCCAUUGACAUCACUGUGAAAGAGACCAAGGCGAAGCGUAAAAGGAAGCUGAUUGUGGACAGUGUGAAAGAGCUGGACAGUAAGACCAUCAGGGCCCAGCUGUCUGACUACUCUGACAUUGUUACCACCCUGGACCUCGCCCCUCCCACCAAGAAGCUCAUGAUGUGGAAGGAGACUGGAGGAGUAGAGAAGCUCUUUUCUCUGCCGGCUCAACCUCUUUGGAAUGCCAGACUGCUCAAGAUGUUCACACGCUGCCUGACGCCUCUGGUGCCAGACGAGUUGAGGAAGAGGAGAAAGGGUGGUGAGGCAGACAGUCUGGAUGAAUUCCUCAAAGAGCUGGAGAACCCAGAGGUGCCUAGAGAGGAGGUCACGAGUCAGCACAGAGAUGUUAUCGACCAGACUAUCAUGGAGGAGCCCAGUAUGCUGGCAGCCUCCACAAUGGAGGGUAGCAGGACGACCUUGGAUGAAACUGUCAUGCCUCCUCCCUCCACCCCCCGUGGUGUCAAACGCAAGAACAUUGACAAAGAGAGCUCCCUACCUAUGUCUACCUUGGAGCAGCAGCAGCCUCAGGUGGCCGACCGUUCUGUCUUGUCUCAGGUGGAUCUGCCCCCAGAGGAGAGCAGCGUUAACCUCACCCAGCUCGUCCCAGAGCUUGACCUCCUGGGUGAGAAGGGGAAAGACAAGAAGGAUGACAGCGACGAAGAAGAGGAAGAGGAAGGCCAGGCCGGAGACCAGGAUCAGGAGGAGAAGAGAUGGAACAAGAGAACCCAGCAGAUGCUGCACGGUCUCCAGCGCGUCAUGGCUAAGACUGGUGCCGAUUCAGUUAGUCUGCUUGACUUGUGCCGGAACAACAACAGGAAGCAGGCAGCUGCCAAGUUUUACAGUUUCCUGGUCCUCAAAAAGCAACAAGCCAUCGAGGUGACCCAGUCUGAGCCCUACAGCGACAUCAUCGCCACCGCUGGACCAAGAUUCCACCUUAUUUAGACAUUGGAAGAACAGACAAACACUCUGCUUGCAACAGGCAUACUUUUUUUUAAUUACUCAACUUUUUGCCUUUUUAUUUUGUGUUUUCCUGUCAGCCCAUUUUUUUCCUGGGGAAGGGGAGGGAGUAGUGUGGAACGGGUGGGAAACAUUUUAAUAAAGGAUUUUACUGUACAACAUAUGGAAUCAUGCAGUAUUCUUGGUUCAAAUGGAGUGAGGAAGAAUGUUUAACAAGUAUAUUUAUAAAGCAACCUUUUUCAGUCACCAAUUUGUAAACUUCGCUUCAUUUUGGUUUGUAAGUUAAAUUUCUUUUGUCUGCUCAUUCCGUAAGUUUUGUACCAUUGCCCCUCUCGUCAACUCAAAUAUUGCAGAUUCUAGAUAACAGCCCUGCAUUCUCACAUGGAAUCCUGUAUUAACUGUGUACAUGUUCUGGAAAGGUACUGUUUCAUUGCUCAGAAGUGUAACCUCUCCCAUCUUCUCCUUGUUGCACUUGUUCUCGGAUAAACUAAAAGGUUAAUCUGUCAAAAAUUGGUAAAUUUUACCUGGCAUUAAAUAUCAUGUUUCAGAUGUAUAAUUCAGGCAGUUUAUCAAUUAAGUUUUAUGUAAAUUUCUUUUUUUGUACCUUUUUAUGUUUAUGCUUAUUCACCUUUUUGCAUUAUGUAACUAGGUAAUGUACUUGUUACAGUUAAGUUCACUAUCCCACCUUUUUAGUCUUUGGGUAACUUCUAGUUGUGAUACAUCUGUAAAGAUUUGAAAUAAAGUGUUUUAAGUACUUGGA